AUCUUCGUACCUUUCAGACGAUAACUGCUGAAUUAUUAUUAUAACAGGGUGUGGGCAAUGCGUAAAUAGUAAACUAGAACCCUGCGUAUUAUUGCGGGGCAGGGGUGUUUGAAGUUAGCAAUAUACUGAAGAAAUGGAAAUACCAAAGACAGUGCUCGUGGCUCUAUUAUUGGCUUCGAUAGUUUUUGUGGAAAUUAACGGACAAAGGGUGCAUUCGCACCGGCGCCAACAUCACGCGUGCCCCGAAGGAUGUCUUUGCCUUAUAACCGGAACUACUGUAAGAUGCAUGCACCGAAGAUUCACAAAAAUACCAAGAAUUCCGACAGAAACAAGGAUAUUGGAUCUUCGGUUCAACCAUAUUCGAGACAUCACGCCUGAUGCAUUCCAAAAUUUAAAGAAUUUACACACUUUGUUAAUGAACAACAAUCAGAUAAGACGUGUCCCAGCAAAUGCAUUCAAAGACAUGCCUGAAUUAAAACAUUUAUAUUUAUACAAAAACAGAGUCGAUGAGAUUGACACAAAUGCCUUCAGUGGACUAAACUCUCUUGAACAGCUAUAUCUCUAUAACAACGAUAUUUCGACAUUGGAAGUCGGCACGUUGUCAAAUCUUCCUAACCUAGAAAGAUUGUUCCUGCAUAAUAAUGUCCUCACUACAUUACCAGAAGGGCUAUUUGAUGGACUAUCAUCAUUAAAAAGACUACGACUUGAUAACAACCAACUCAUGUGUGAUUGCAAACUUCUAUGGUUCGCAAGAAUGCUCCUAUCACUCGGAGGAAAUAUUCAAGCCACAGUCACUUGCAACGCUCCAAGGCACCUGUUUGGUCGUUCAAUAUCAACAAUACCAUUGCGGGAAUUUAAAUGCACCGCUCCUGCUAUUGUGACUGAACCUCACAGCACUCAAGUAAGAGAAGGAGAGACAAUUUACAUGUCGUGUACAGCAAGUGGUUCACCUCAGCCCCACAUUGUUUGGUAUCAUGAUGGAGAAGUUGUACCAAGUGAUGCAAGAAGAAGACAGAGUAUUGGUGGAUCUUUGAUCAUCAUGAAUCCAAAAAAAGUAGAUGAAGGUUUGUACAAGUGUGUUGCAACUAAUACAAUCGGAAGUGCUGAAAGUAGACAAGUGCAAGUUGUUUAUCGGGGAUCGACAAGCGGACCUCCAUUCUUUAUAUCAAGACCACAAGACGUUCAGGUUCGUGUUGGUGAACCUACUACUUUAGAAUGCAGAGCAGCUGGAACUCCUGAACCUACGAUUAGUUGGAUAAAGGAUGGAAACCCUGUGAACUCACAAAACGCUUUAAUAAUUACAAGUUCAGGUUCCUUGCAUUUCCGUCGCACUGAAACGUCAGAUAAUGGAUCGUAUACUUGCAUUGCAACCAAUGACGAAGGCUCAGUCAACACAACUGCAGAAGUUAUCGUGAGAAGUCCCCCAGUUUUCACUCAAAGGCCUGAAGAUCUUAUGGUGUUGCAAGGUGACAGUGCACUUUUUCAAUGCCAUUUCACUGGCAAUCCAUCACCAACCAUAACAUGGCUGAAAAACGGGCGUAGACUUCCUCGAGAUCAAAGAUACCUUGUCAUGUCAUCUGGAACACUGCUUAUACGUGUUGUGAACCCUGGAGAUGAGGGAAAAUAUACGUGUCGAUUAUAUAAUUUAGUUGGUACUGCAGAAUCACACGCAGAUCUAUCAGUCAGAGUUGCUCCACAUUUUAUUGUGCGACCACAAAAUCAGAGAGUAAGACAGGGAAGAACAGUAGAUUUUCAAUGUCAAGCAUCAGGAAUACCUCAACCUCAUAUUGUAUGGACAGUUAAUGGUAGAGCCAUACCUGAUGAUGACAGAUACAGCAUCUUGCCAUCCGGUACAUUAAGAAUUUUGAGAGUGGAAACAAGAGAUGCUGGAGUGUUUACUUGUGAAGCUGCUAAUCCACUUGGAGCCAGGAAAGCUGAAAUAACCCUGGAAGUCAUUCCAUUCCAAAGUAUACAAUUUACAAGGACACCUUCUGACUUGAAUGUAGAUUCUGGAUCAAGAAUACGAAUCCCAUGUCAUGUACAAACAGAAGAUGAUGACGGUUUAAAUUCUCUCACUAUAUCAUGGGCUAAAGAUAGUGUAGGAAUCGUAUCAUCAGAUGAAAGAUAUUCUAUUUCACCACCUCCAAACAGUUAUUUAACAAUAAUGGACGUCGGUCAAGAUGACGCUGGACGAUAUGAAUGUAUUGCAAGAAGUGGACCAACAUCUGCAAGAGCAAGUAUGACACUCACUGUGACAGUCCGAAGUUCAACUGAAGAAAUUGUAUCGAAAUUAUUAGAUAUUUUACCGCCUGGCUGUCUUCAGCAAGGUUGCUCACAUUUCGAUGAAAAUGAUGUCACACAUCGCCCAGAUGAACUCAACCAAGAAACUCUAAAUAAUCUUCUGAGAACAGAACUCGGUAUUGGAACAAAUUUCCGACAAAAACGUCAAACUACCUCAUUUAAUUCAAGAUUGAAUGAACUAAGUAGCACAGUUAACCUUGUUACUCAGAAUAUUGAUGGUGCUAUCAAUAACACAAUUCAUCAUUUUAACGACAGGCGACAGAGACAAUCUUCGAGUGACUUACUCGCACUCAUGAGGUUUCCUUCAACUAGACGAGGAGUGAAUAUGAUGAGAGCAGCGGAAGUAUUUGAGGUUUCGUUACACAUGAUUGAAUGUUGCAUAAGAAGAGGAGCAAAAUUGAAAAGAUUUGCUCUCGAUAACAAUAAGUUUCCUGAUAGUCCUGUCACAACUCCACCCAUAGCAGCAGUUGAAGUGCAGAGUCGUACUGUUAAUGCUGAAGAUGACUCAGAACAAGAAGUAAUUCCAGUCAUUGGAACAGAAGUUGUUGCCAUUGUAGCUAAUUUAUCAGGAUGUUCUGCACAUCAGAAAAUACCUGACUGUUCUUCAAAUAUAUGUUUCCAUAGAAAAUAUCGAACUUCAGAUGGCACAUGCAAUAAUCUUCAACAUCCAAUGUGGGGUGCAUCUUUAACACCUUUCCAUCGAAUUUUAAAGCCAAUUUAUGAGAAUGGAUUCAAUGCCCCUGUUGGAUGGGAUUCCAACAAAUUGUAUCAUGGCCGCACAUUACCCAGCCCCAGAAGAGUUUCAAUCGAAGUUUUGAUGUCUCGAGAACCCAGGCCUUCAACAGAUGCCGAUUUCACCCACAUGACAAUGCAGUGGGGGCAGUUCAUCGAUCAUGACUUAGAUUUUACAACAAUGGCUCCGAGUAUUAAGAGAUUUUCUGACGGAGUCGCUUGUAAGGAUUCUUGCGAUCACGAUGCCCCUUGUUUUCCCAUUGAAGUGAACCCAAAUGACCCUCGUCACAGAACAUUCCAUCAUCACGCAACUCAUCAUAGUCAUCGAGGCUCAAAUACUCUCGAUGGAGCAACAACAACAUGUAUGGAAUUCACUCGAUCGAGUGCUGUCUGUGGUUCGGGAAUAACUUCAGUAUUUUUUAGUGCUUUGUCACGAAGAGAGCAAAUUAACCAAAUUACCUCAUAUCAAGAUGCCUCAAAUGUUUACGGAAGUACGGACGAAGAAACCAAAAAUUUACGAGAUUUGACCUCUGACCUUGGAUUAUUGAAAGAAGGUCAACCUCUCGAACCUGGACAAAAACCUUUGCUACCAUAUAAUGUAUACUCCGACCUUGAUUCUGAUUCUUCUGUGAUUCGACCAGUCGCACCGAUUGAGUGUAGAAGAGGAGACUCAGAAAGUCCUCAAGAAAGAAGUGUUCCGUGCUUUUUAUGUGGGGAUCACCGAUGCAAUGAACAGAUUUCUUUAACUUCAAUGCAUACAUUAUGGAUGCGAGAACACAAUCGUAUUGCAAGAAAAUUGAAGCAGCUGAAUAAAAAUUGGAAUGGAGAAACUAUUUUUAAUGAAGCCAGGAAAAUUGUUGGAGCUGAAAUGCAACAUAUAACAUAUUCGCAUUGGUUGCCAAAGAUCCUUGGACCAUAUCAGAAACGAAUUGGAGAAUUUAAAAUGUACAAUCCAAACUCUCCUUCGUCUAUAGUCAACGUAUUUGCUACAGCUGCAUUCAGAUUUGGGCACACAAUGAUUAACCCAAUUAUGUUCAGAUUGAAUCAAACUUGGGGUGAACAUGAUCAUGGUAACUUAAUGCUACAUCAAGCAUUCUUUGCUCCAUAUCGAAUUAUACAUGAAGGCGGGAUAGAUCCACUAAUAAGAGGACUUAUCGCUAAACCAAUGAAGGCUCGAGAUUCUGAUUCCAACAUGAACUCUGAACUGAUUGAAAGAUUAUUCGCUCUUGCUGAGGAAGUUGCAUUAGAUCUUGGUGCUUUGAAUAUUCAACGAGGACGCGAUCACGCACUUCCUUUUUAUAAUGAGUGGAGAGAAUUUUGUAAUUCAACCAGAGCUCGAACUUUUGAUGAUCUUGCUGGAGAAAUUACUAAUCAACAGGUACGACAGCAGCUACAAAAUGUUUAUGGAAACCCAGAAAACAUAGAUCCAUUUGUUGGAAUGAUAUUAGAAGACAUAACAUCGGGAUCAAGACUCGGACCAACACUCGGUUGUCUUAUUUCCGAACAAUUCAUGAGAAUUCGUGAUGGUGAUCGUCUGUGGUACGAAAACCCAGGAGUUUUCAGUCCAGUGCAGUUAACUGAAAUAAGGCAAUCGUCUUUAGCUAAAAUUAUUUGUGAUAAUACUGACGGCAUAUCAAGUGUACCGAGAGAUGUUUUCAGAAAUACUCCGAUUUCUGAUUUUGUUUCGUGCCAAGAAAUUCCAGCUGUAGAUUUGAGAGCCUGGACAGAAUGUUGUGAUACUUGUAGCGGAAGCGAGGAAACCGAUGCCAAUACGCUUUCUGCACACAUAAGGAGAAAUAACAGAAGAUCAAAAAGAAGUGUUGAUAUUGAUGAAAACGGAAUUGAUUCAAAAAAUAGGAAAUCAGAAAAACGAGCUCGAAAGAACAGAAAAGGUAAAGUACGAUCGUUCCUAAAAACAAUGCAACCUGUGACACUAAAUGACAAGCGUAAGAUAUUUAACGAUUUGGUCUGGUCGCAACGUUUACAAGGAAUCAGUAAUCCUAAAGAAAUGCUCGAUAUAUCACAAACCAUUGCACGAGAAAGUGAAGACGCUAUGGAACAAACGCUAAAAGAUUUAGCGAUGCACAACAUCGACAUUGGAAAUUUCGCAGCUAAAAAAGAAAGUUUUUUCACAAAUUCUGAUAAGAAAGAAAAUGAAGUCGGGAUGGAUAAACUUUUGAACGUUAUCGAAAAUCUAGAAUCACGAAUUUCUGAUUUACAAAGCGAAGUUAAACGACUAAGUGGAAAAGUCGAUAAUGAUUUACCUAAAUAAACACUGGUAGUAUUUAUUACAACAAUUUAUUUAAGAAAUUAACCAAACGAGGCCAGCGGGAUUCGCGAAAUCGAAAUCUAUGUUCAAAAACAGACUUUGCCAAUUUUCUUGUUUACAAAAAAUGAACAUUUUGUAAAAUUGUGAAUGUUUUUAUUAACUUGAGCCAUUAUGUAUUUCACAUUAAUAGUGUUAGAUAUGGGAAAAUUCACAGUAAACUGUCAUUACAUAUUUUAAUGAGAAAAGACAAUUCUAAAAUUGACCUAAAAUUCCACUGACUUUUGUUGCUCAAAAUCGACAUUUAUUUGAUUUUCAGAUCAUAAUUUUGUUUAACCGAACUUCGGGCGUUUUUGUCCGUAUUCAAUUUUUUGGCAUUUCUGUAUAUCAGUAAAAAAUCAUCAUGCAGACUUGGUUUUAAACUAGAUAACUUUAUGAUUGUGACAUCAUACUUUCAAUUUGUGAUGUCAUGCUACCAUUUUGAUGAGUGAUUAUACGGAUAAUAGAUCUGCAGCUCUAAAUAUUCUAAUACACGGUUGUGAUUUCUGGAAACCUCAUUUUAAUCUUUUAUGCACAAAAAUUAUGUAUAAAUUUGGUAAAUUCAUCUCUUCAAUUUAUUCAGUUUUAUCAUUGUGUUAAGUUUCAUAAAAUAUAAGUAAAUAUCUCAAAACAUCCUCAAGGUGUAGUUAUGGCAGUGAGGAGGCAUAUUAUUGAAGAAGAAUAGGAUUGAAAUUUGAGGACUUUUGCACAUUGAAGGAUUAAUUCCUAUUCAUACUCUGACGUAAUAAAAUUGACUUUUCCUAUUGUGAUGUAACUAAUAUCCUAUUGUGAUGUAACAAUUUAAAAGUCUCAAACGAUUUUGAAUUAUAGUUUUUUGGUUAUCAUUGUUUCAUUCAUUAUGUAGUAAAAACUAAUUGUCCAUUAAAGAUUGGACCAUUGAUGUAACCUUUUCUCUUGGCUUGGUUCAAGUAUGGCACAUACUUGGCGAAAAUGUUGACUAAUACACUGAUUUGUUUCAAAAAUUUUUGUGUAUAAUUUUUUUUGUUGUUUUUUUGUUAAAAUUGUGUGUGUGAUGUGAAUUUAACCAGCGUGUUUUGUUUUUCCUGGUGCCAUGUAUGGUCCGGAUAAGUUUAAGCCUUAAAUACAGCAUAUUUUUACACAUAAUUUUUGAUGAUGAGUAUUCUUUUUGUUUGCAAAUCAUGGAAACAUGAUUUUUUGCUUUUUCUGUAGCAUUUUUACAUCUGCGUGUUAUUAUUAUUAUUUUUUUUUUCAUUUGUUUUUCUGUCUAACAUUACAUUUUUCAAUAAAAACGAUGGAUUUUUGGUCA